AUGCCCUGCCAUCGUUUUCUCUAGGAUGGCUCGUUUAAGACUGUUCAAGUUUCCUGCGUAACCACGAGUGCACGGUGAUGUUGUACAGACUAUACUUUAAGCGUUCUGUACUGCUUUUUGUACGAGUUUCUUUCCACGCGCGCGCGUUGCGCCGGGUAAAUGGGGAUCUAUGCGUUGCGAGGGUGUUGAAUGUCGUGUUCGGAGUUUCUAUGUGGAUUGGAUGCGCCUACAAGGGGGGACAGAAGUACAAGCGAGAGGUUUGUGUAGCAAUAAAGUGCACGUGGGUAUCCGAUGUUGGUAUCACCCCUUUCAGGUUGCAUGUUCGAGGGUCUCCUUGGAUUUGUGUAUUAUAUGACACACCGUUAGAUGCGGGCACUCUAAGUCUUUCUCUACGAUCUCGACCGAUUUUCUCUUUUUAAUGACUCCUUUUGUUAAUGAUAUUAUUUGGUUUCGUCUUGUUGUACAACACGUGAUGAGCACGUUCACACGAU